AUGUCAAAACCAGAAUUGUGCACAGAAAAAGAAUCAUCCAGCCGUAAAGUUGAACCUGAUGUUAGCCAUGGACUUAUUAAGAAGGAUAAAACAGAAGAAAGUUCUAUUAGUGAAUAUUCUGAAACGGUAAAACUGGAUCCAAGUACAAACAUUGGGGAAAAUGAUUUAAGUAUCCGUGAGUUGGCUAGUGAAUUUGAAAAAAAGAGCAAGUCAGCUAGUUCGGCGAACAAAUUUAUUACUAAUCUUCUUUUAAUCAUCAUCUACAUCAUCAUAUGGUUUUACUUUCUCAGAAACGUAAUAUAUGACAACGCUACUACCACAGUAUUUGAUAGUGCGAAUAAAACCGCAAGUCAGAUAUUCUUAGUAACAUCAGCAUUUAUUUUGGUGUUGGCAGCUUCUUUUCUGCUCAUGAUCGAUUACCGUAAGUUGAUGUUUAUCAUUCAUUCCAGGGUGUAUUCAUACCACUUGAUGAGGUUCUCUUACAACCAUCUAGCAUUGCUUUUACGAAACUAUGAAUUGGUUACAAGGAUCAGAAGUAUGUUCUCUGAGAAUCUCUUGUUCCACAUGAGUAUGUUACUGUUCACUCCAUUUAUUUUUAUCCUUCUAUAUUUGAUAUUUCGUAACAGUGCCAAGAGCGUAGCGGUUGUUCUGAUACAUACCAAUUUCUACGGGUUCAGAAGUGUUUUGUUUCACUGCUUUUUGGAUUUAUUUGUGUCUGUUAUUGACGUAGUUCUAAUUUUUUUCGUCAUUGAACUCAAGAAAGCGUUCAACAUUCUCGAUUACGUAUCGUUAUUUCUUUUGGGAAUCAUUCACUUCGCUUUUGUUAAAUUCUACGUCAUAAUAUCAACCGUUGAAGUUUUGAAGCGAAGAAGCAGCAAUGCUAACGAUACUCAGUACAAAAACGUGACAAGCGUUGAUAAAUCGUCAAGAGAAGCCACAAUAAGUGAUGUAUCGGAAAGUAAUGAACCCGGAACUGAGUUAUUCGGUACCAAAGACCGCAAAAAUCUGUUCUGUAGUGUCGUGUCAUCAAUUGCCUCUAAUCUAUCUUUCAUCACGCUUUCGUGUGUGUUCAGCCUGUUUAGUGUAUUUAGAUUACUGCCAUUUGGCAUAAACAAGAGAAUCAGAAAAUCUGUUUGGCAAUAUUUCUGCUAUAACUUAAUUUUUACGCUGGUUGUCUCCGUUUAUGAGAAAAUAGAUUGUUUUGAUACCUUUAAGUACAAAAACAAGAAACUUGGCAACCUUUUAAAGGCGUAUCAACCAUAUAAAUUCAACAUCCCCUUUCUUGUUUCACUAGCGUUUUCUAUGGUGUACAUCUAUGGCCCAGAAUCCACAAUAAAUAAGAGCAUCAUCUUUUACUUUCUCCUUAGAACUGGAAUCGCUCUUAACGACUUUAUUUACGCCUAUGGAUUGUACUUCAUUUAUUACCAUUAUAGGAACAGAGAGUAGACGAGAUGUGCCGAAACAGGGUCCUUCCAUACCAAUUAAAAUAGUUCAUU